AUGACGAGCCGCAACGUCCGAACUCCACCCGGAAGUCUCUUCGACAGAAGUGGGCGGCCCGGCACGUCGGGCACUGGCACGUCGAGCCCAGCGCCGCUUGGGCAACAAUACAGCAGAGGGAGCCCCAAGAGCAGCAGCUCGAACCUCGCUCCAGCGCCGCGCUUCCUUGCGCCACCUCCAUUCACCUUCCCGACGGCCGGCCCGCCUCGAAAUCCAUCUACGCAAAACACAGAUACACCCGUCCACGGCACGACUCCCGGCCUGACGGACCGCCCAAAUCCCCUAGAGAUCCCAGUCCAAAAUCCUUCCUCCGACUCCACCUUCAGCUCCUUCGCCCCGACCCCUUCCAACAAUCUACCAGCGCAACCGAAAAAUAUUUACCUAGUUCCUCCCUCUUUAACCUCUCCCCCCUCCGGCCCUACCUCCGCAUCUCUCAGCCGCCCCUAUACCGCUCCUCGUCCCCGCACCGUCUCCCCCGCCCGCACCGUAGCCUCUCAACACAGCCGCAGCAGCAGCCUCCCCAUCUCGCGCACCGUCUCCGCCGCCUCAACCCAGCAGCAGCGCGCACGCAGCAGGAUCAGCGAUCCGUUCGUGCUGGACUGUCCUGAGGUGCUGGGCUAUGGGAAGGGAGGAAAUGCUGGCGUUGGUACACCGGCUAGGACGAGCAUCCAAGAGGAGGCUGUGUCGCCGAGGGACUGGGCCGUCAAUUUCUGA